AUGGGCAGAAAGGUGUGCAUCUCUCUUGCCAUCCUCGCGCUUCUUCUGGUCGCUGGUCCGGGCGCGAAGGCUGCAACCUUCGCCGGCGGCCCCGCCAGCAUGGACGCGGCGGUGGCGAUGCGGCAGCGGAUGUCAGCGAUGAAGCUGGAGGACAGCGUGGCGCCGGAGCUCACGGUGGACCUGGAGGUCCACCGCCGCAUCCUCGCCAUCAACGUCGGCCAGAGCGCCCUGGACGGCAACAGGCCAAGCUGCAUCCAAAACUGCCCGGCGCGCGGAGACUCGUACACCGGCCGGGGUUGCCUGAAAAGGUAUGGAUGCAAUGGAGGAAGCUGA